AUGCCUAAGCAAAUUGCUGAAAUCAAGGAGUUCCUUGUAAAGGCUCGCAGAAAGGAUGCUCGCUCUGUCAAGAUCAAGAAGAACAAGAACAACACCAAGUUCAAAGUUCGUUGCAGCAAGUACCUGUACACCUUAGUCGUCGCUGACAAGGAGAAGGCUGACAAGCUUAAGCAAUCUCUUCCUCCUGGAAUCCAAGUCAAGGAGCUCAAGUCCUAUCUUUUUUUUCUUAUGCACAUUGAAAUAUCUAACACUCCCAUUUUCAUGAAUUAG